AUGAAACUUCUGAGGCAGAUACUAUCGCAUAUCUGCUUCGUAACUUUUGCCAUCGCCUUUGAAGACUGUCACGACUGUCCGGAUUUCUCAACUACAGUCGAUCUAGGCUAUGCUCGCUACAAGGGUGUGGAGAUAGAAGCUGGUGUAAAGUACUGGCUUGGUGUACGAUUCGCAGCCGCUCCGCUUGGGCACCUACGAUGGCGAGCUCCCCGAGAUCCUUUGGAGUGCGAGGCUCUCCAAGACGCAACGACGUUUCAACCUGUCUGCAUCGGCACGGCUCGCUUCGGAAACGCAGUUCAGGAUGAAGACUGUCUAUUUCUCAACAUAUUUGCUCCCUCAAACGCUUCAUCAGAAUCAAGACUACCGGUCUGGUUCUACAUACCAGGCGGUGGCUACUCUGUUAACAGCGAUGCCAACUACAAUGCCACCGAGCUGAUAAAACGAUCGGGAGGUAACAUCAUUCUGAUACAGACAAGCUACCGCGUAUCUGCUUUUGGAUUUCUAGCCAGCGAGGAGAUACGUGAGAAUGGAGACUUGAACGUCGGGUUCCUCGAUCAAAGAAAGGCACUUGAGUGGGUCCAGAAAUACUUUGGAGGUAAUCCCGAUCAUGUUGUCAUUCACGGCGACUCUGCUGGUGCCGGGUCCGUUGCCCUACAUAUGACAGCCUACGGAGGUAGAGAUAGUGGUCUAUUUCACAGUGCCAUAAUGGAAUCCGUCUUCUUUCCGACUCAUCGUAAGGUCGCUGACUACGAAUUUCAGUAUCAGAACUUCAUUACGCUCUCCAAUUGCUCUAUGGACACUGAACCCUUGUCAUGCCUGCGGAAGACUCCCCUAAGUGUACUCCAGAAAGCCAACAGUCAUUUCUUCCCAUUCCCCAAUGCCAUAUCGCCCCCAUUCUUUCCUUAUGCCCCUUGUGUUGAUGGCAAUAUUUUCCCUGAUCAUCCCGCUAAACUUUAUCUUGAUGGAAAAUUCGUCCAGGUGCCUAUAAUGAUUGGAGAUGACACAGACGAAGGCACUUCAUUCGUUGAUAAUGCCGCGUCACCGUCCGAAGUGGCAACAUUUAUGAAAAAUCAGUUCCCUAAGCUUUCAAACUCUAGUUUGGAAGACAUUAACGUAAUAUAUCCACUACUAUCACCCAUGCCGCUCCAUGCUGCUUAUUUUCCUUCCCUAGCGCGGGCUUAUGGCGAGGCAACAUUUACUUGUCCGGGUAUAUUAAUCUCUCAAGCACUUUUCAACGAGGCCCCCAGGUCAAAUUCAGCUCCAAGUAUUUACAACUACAGAUACAACGUCCAAGACAAUUUUCUAUUGUCCAUUGGUCAAGGCGUUCCACAUGUUUUUGAACUACAGGCUCUAUUCAAUACAUUCGAUCCUGCUACCUCUUCAUACACGACUUAUAACUCACCGAUUGUCAAUGUGAUCCGAGAUUUCUGGAUCAAUUUUGUAAGAUGGAACAACCCUAAUGGCUUAAACACCACAGAAUCGAGCAUUGAUGGUUCUACAGGACCCUGGGGUGUUUGGGCUAAUCGUGAUGACUACAAUCCAAAAUUUAGACGCUUACUAAUUCAAACUAAUGCAACAAAAAUGGAGGAUGUCCCUGAGCUUCAACUUUUGAGAUGUCAAUUCUGGAAAGAUAUCAUCUCCGAGACCGAAAUAUAA